GAUGUUCAGAUUCGGAUUUUACCUGCCUUUCCAUCUUCUCGUGGCCAUGUGUUUGUGUCAUUCGAUAAGGCCCACCAGUUCCCAACACAGCUUCAACAGUGAUCUCUUCAGCUGUAAUCAUUCCCUUCUUGCAGAUGGUAAGGAAACCACAGUCCACCUGUUGAAGGAUAUACCUAAAAGGUACUGUUUCAUUCUGGAGGAAGACAGAGCCACUGCUCCUUUCACGGUAACCGUCACACCCUGUGAUGUUCCCAUUGAAUGGAGUAUACUGGUACAUAAGGCAUCAACAAAAUUCCUUGGAAAAGCAGCACGUGGUGAUUAUGACACUCUUGAAGCCACAAAAUCUCAGAAGAUUCCGAAGUUGGUGUCCAUGAUAUUUAACUAUAAAGGAAAUUCUGUGGAGACUUAUAUGGGUAUGUCUUCCUAUUCUGCUUUCUAUAUGCUGGAGUUCCUAUCAGUUGAACGAGACACACACAUUACUGUAUACUUAACAACUGACACAACAUCCGGGCAUUUAUAUCCAGAACUCCCAGUAGAUCCACGCAUAGAUGUUAUCGGGAUUGACCAUGCAACUGUGACUCUAGCUUGGAAACACAGCCCAUCAGUCUUAAAGCACAAAGAAAACAUCCAGUAUUGUCUUCUGGUCAAUGAAAAACACAACUACAAGAGUUUAUGUGCAGCUGAGACAGCUAUCAGAUCAUCAGGUAUGAAAUCACCACCAGCACUAGCUCUUUCUCUCUUUCCAUAUUUUCUAGACCAUCAACAGGUGAUGAUAUUGUCCAAUAGUGAAUUAAGUAUCAUCAACAGGGUUAGUACUGGGGAAGUGAGGCAGAUAUGCAUGGGCACCAAGAAUACUUAUACAGUGCCCAACCUUAGACCCAGCACUCAAUAUUACUUUGAUGUUUUUGUAGUCAACCUCCUCACUAAUGCAAGUGCUGCCUACACUGGAACAUUUGCAAGAACUCUUGAGGAACCUGAGCCUAAAAUUAUUGAGCUGAAGGAUGGGAAGGUAAUUCAUUUAAUCCUGGAUGGGAAAAAGCAGAAAUUCUACAGCUUGCAGUACCAGGCUAGACACAAGAAGAUUCAAUUCACCUUUCAAUCUUGUAGUGGCCAAGUAGAGGUACAGAUAGCAAGGAAUGGCAAAGUACUGGCCUCAGAAAACAUUGCAGGCUUCAGACAUUUCUCACUGAAGGGAAAGCUGCUGGACACGUAUUUGGUGCAGCUAAGGCCCAUGGACCAUACUAAUUCUUCUGUGAAAGUUCAAGUAUCCUCUCACUUCCACAAGCCUGUCUUCCCACUUCUUCCAGAAAGCUUAAAAAUCAAGUCCUUUAGUAAACUGAGGACCUGCAAUUCAGUCACCAUUGCUUGGCUAGGAACACAAGAGCAGAGCAAGUACUGUGUGUACAAGAAAAGGAUCAAAGAGGAUCAAGUUUGGAUGGAGGUUUGGAGAGCAGACAGGUGCUCUGGGCCCAAAUCCAGACACAACUCUGAGAAAGUGCUGUGCAAAUAUUUCUAUGAUAUAAAUCUACGACGAGCAGUCACCACACAGACCAUCAAGGGAUUGGAAGCAGGGACUCUCUACCUGUUUGAUGUUUAUCUAACUGGACCUUCUGGGAUCCCGGUAAGGUAUCACAGUAAAGUUGUGAGGACCAGGAAAAAAUGUUGAGAGCUUUUCAAUGAAUGUUUUCUGGUAGAUAAAUAAGGAGCAAAAUGAAAAACAUGCACAAUAAACACCAGUGCUCUGUGCAGUUCAAAAUAUAUUGGGGCAUAACACACAAUUAUUAAAGCUGCAAGAUUUGUGGGGAAAUAAUUUUUUCAACUGUCUAGAAAAUUAGGCUCACUCUGGCAUCUUUUUUCCAAUAUAAGUUUCUUUCUCAAUUGUCUCACAUUGGCAGCAAAAACAUGAUUAAAACAAAUAACACUUGGAAACAAUGUUGUGAAAUACCUUUCAAGGAAUAUUGAACUGUUACUUUAAAAUCCAACAUUGUUUUUUCACUUUGCAUAUCUCAGUAACUGUCAAUGAGGGACUGAGCGAUACCACCAGAGUGACAGAUUGGCCUUUCCCUGCCAGUUGAGAGAUUUGCUCGUGAAUGGACAAAGACUGGUAUUGCUGCAAAGCGUCUUUCAUGCACAAAGGUGCAAGACUGAUAAAAGCGGUGGACUGGGAGUCCAACUGCUGCAGCUCCAUAUUCUAGUCAACUGUAAUUACAGGAGAUUCUCAAACAACUACGUCACAAUUACCUGCAUAUUUGCUUUGCAUUCAUUCCUGUGGAGAAAUUAUUCUUCUUUAGAGAUGGACAUGACUCACAAAAUUUGGACCAGGAAUUGGAUCUGAAUUUCCUCAAAGUUGAGGGUGUUUAAUACAGUUUGCUGGCUCUGCCCAUAUACAGAAAGACCUGAGUAGGGAAGUCUGAGGAGAAGGAAGAUAGUUCUGAUCCAAACAGUUCUAGUUCAGGUCCAUUGCUACUCUUGUUUGGGUUUAUGUAUUCUACACAUACACAUACAUUGUAUAGACAAGGUGCAUCAUCUUUGGAGCUUCAGAAAUAAAAUAUUUCUUGCAGCAAGACAGGGAGCGCUGAGAACAUUAUCACUAAUCCUUCCUCCUCCCUAUAGAGAGAUUUGCAUAUUAAACCCCCCACUGCAUGUAUUAUUUUACUCUUACAAUGGGAUACACGAAUUCCCAUCCCAUAAUUUCUGAUCCUGGCAAACACCAGCACUGUGCAGAACUGCACGAGGAUCAGUUCCCCACAAGAUCACUUUCUGGUUGCCCUUCCCACCAUGCCCACACACACACAAUCCUACGCAGGCACCUGACUUCCUUCCAUGCAGCCCCAGCACAGCCUAUUUCAAAGAAUGUGUUGCUUUUUAAAAAAUGUGAUUUUUCUUAUUGAGUAGCAUGAAGUAGUAUGUCUGUAGUAAAAUCUGACAAGCACAGGUGUUCUUAUUAUCUCUGAUUCUCUGAUUGUCUCUUUUAAAUUUUGGAAAAGGCACAGUAUGAGGAAUAUUUUGAACAAAAAAUCCCCCCCUCCAAAAAAAAUCUUCAUAAACAAUUAUGAUCAGUCUCAUCCACCGACAGAAGAGAUUUUUGAACUCAGACACUUGGCAAAUCUGGAUUUCAUAUAUAAAGUAAUGUAAAACAUUAACAGACCCAGAUAUCUCUGAAGAAAAUUGAUCUGCUUUAUUUGUUUUUCUCCAAAAUUACACAAAGCCAGGUGUAAGUGCGUAAUUCUACUGCACAUGUAUUUAUUGUACAUGGUGCACACUAGACCUUCCUUUACAUUACUGGAGCAUCAAGGUUUCAACUUAUUGUUAAU